UCAUUGGUGUUGAACUUAACCAGUUCAGUUGUUCAAGACUCUGCUGUUCAAUUUCAAGACUGUAGUUCAACCUUACUUUUCAAGUCAUGGCGCCUUCACAGGUAACAAUAAAAAACGAGCCGCGGAAGGGAAAUGAGCAUGACGGUGCGGUCUACCACGAAAUUGACGGCUAUUUCGUGUGCACUGCAUUCGCCGACCAAUGCAUCCGUGAGGCGCUCAGCUACAAGCCGCACCCAGGUGACAUCUUUAUCGUAAGCUAUCCCAAGUGCGGAACGACAUGGAUGCAGCACAUUGUGUACAACAUCCUGAACGAUCGGCCGCCACCGAAAGACCUUCUCGAACAGAGUGCCGCCAUGCCGUUCCUCGAGCUUCAAGGCGCUGAAUCUGCGGAUGCCAUGCCUCGACCUGGGGCCAUUAAGACUCACAUGCCGUUUCACUUGCAUCCCUACUCGACGAAGGCUAAGUACAUCUACAUAACCCGAAAUCCGUACGACUGUUGCAUCUCCUUCUACUACCACACCAAAAGCAUGCCCGACUACCGCUUUGAAGACGGCACUUUCGACGAGUUCCUUGACAUGUUCCUCGACGGCCACGUGGACUUUGGGGACUACUUCGAGCACCUAGUAUCCUGGUACACGCGAAGGUUCGACGACAACGUUCUCUUCGUGACGUACGAGGAUCUGAAAAAUAACACGGCUUGCUGGAUCAUCAGGAUAGCGGAUUUUAUCGGUGAAAAGUACGGUCGUGAACUAAGGCAGAACAAGGGCACGCUUGCACGUCUGGUAAGCAACACAAGCGUAGAAUUUAUGCAGGUUAGUGUGAAUGAAUGCACGCGCAAGGUUAACGACGAUAUGAAAACUAUCCCGGAGAAUGAUAAACCGCGUUGGAUGAAGCUCGUCGAAGAGGCAGCGGGCGAAGAAAUAAUGAAUAAACCCAUAACAGGCGACUUCGUACGCAAGGGAGUAGUGGGAGACUGGCGAAAUCAUUUCACCCCUGAACAGGUGAUUCGCAUGAAAAACAGGAUUGCAGCGAAAACAGCCGGAAGUGAUGUUAUGAAUUUGUGGAAAGACAUUGGGCUGCCGUAACUAACCAACUAGCGCCACAACGUGUUUUGCUGUAACACCCUUAACUGGUAUAAGAGUUUCUUGUGCGUGUACUGCAACUUUAACACGUGGACUGAAUGAAGAAAUGUCUGCACAAUAAAGGUCCGUGUUAAAAAAAGCGAGAGUUUGGAUUUC